CGUUUGAUGGUUUAAACAAAUAACUGCGCGUAGUUUCUGUGGUUUGCUUUACUCGGUGCGUGAACCAGCUGUACCACCAAUUCAAACAACACGGUUACGCAAACUCUCUCUGAGAAAAUCCCCAAAUCUCAUGAAAUUAGGGUUUCAAUCAUUCUUUGAACGCAAAAUUAGAAACCUCCUCUCCAUCCGCCACGAAUCUCUAGGGUUCUUCUGAAGGAUUAGAUUUCUGGGUUUUAGAAAUCUGUCUCUCGUCAUCAACAAUUCACGUGAUGCCGUCGUUAACACUGAGCAUUCGUUUCCUUUUCUUAGUUCUCUGCUUGAUCGGUUUACAAGCUGCGGAUGAUUUCCCAGAUAAAUCCCGCGGUGACGUAUGCCCUCGGGUUAAGGAUCGGGGUGGAUGCACAAUCAACUGUUUCCGGGCGGAUCCGGUUUGUGGAACCGAUGGAGUCACGUACUGGUGCGGUUGUCCCGACGCAGCUUGCCAUGGCGCUCGCGUAGUCAAAAAAGGAGCUUGUGACACAGGUAAUGCAGGAAGUGCUUCUGUUCCUGGACAAGCUUUGUUAUUGAUUCAUAUUGUUUGGCUCUUCUUGCUCGGACUCUCUCUUCUCGUUGGUGGUUUCUGAUCUCUAGAGAGUUAGUGGUGGAAUUAGACAAGGAAUUAGAUAGAUCACACGUCCUGAGUUUGUUGUAUGUGUAUAGUUGAGUAUUGUUUUGCUUUGUGUGCUAUAUAUAUGUAAUAGAUUCUGUUGCAGUUCAUUCUAAUAAUGAAGAUUUGAUCGGACAAAAUGCUUAUUACUUCAACACUAUCAAAUUCAUUUUGGUUUUGUUAAAAGGGCGAGUCUUUGGAUCUCUUCUUCGUUUGGUUUGUUCUCAAGUAAAAGAUACUUGAUGGAUCUGUCAUUUGGUAGUAGUGGUUUGAGAACUUAUCCAUGGAGAUUGAGCAUAUAAAGGUUUCAACUUUUAGACA